ACAAAUAAAAAUUAUUUUUCUGAAAUUACCUCCAAACUUCAGCAAACCUGCCCGGAAUAUACAACUUCCAUUUCGAAACAAAAUGUUAUCAUAAUAUUUCAAGACAACAACAACAUUUGAGUUUCCAUAACAUUAAAAUUUUAAUAAUAAAAAUAAUUAUAAUCGGCUUUCUAAAAAUCGGCAUUUUGGUACGAUAAUUUGUUUAAAUGAAUUUUUUGUUUAAAAGUACUUUUUAGUGUCGUACAAACAGUAUAAUUUAUAAAAAAAGUAAACUUACUCGUCGACAAUAUGAGCAACCAGAGUUCAGCAGCCAAAGUCGGAGAAAUAUUCAGUGCGGCAGGCACAGCUUUUAGCAGGUUAGGAGAACUUACAUUAACGUUACAACCAACAAACGAUAGCCCUACACCCAACAGUAAAUGGACUGAUGAUGAUAUUGAAAUGCUACAAAGUGCUGUAAAAAAAUUUACCGAUGACCUGGCUGUAAUCUGCGACCAAAUCAAACAGCGCACAGUAUCACAAAUACAUACAACUCUGAAAAGAAAAUCUUAUGAGAGCAGAGCAAUCAAUCCUUCAGUAAUGUCAAGACCACAGUUGAGCUUGGCAUCACCAAUAACUACAAAUAUACUGAGCGCAAAAUGCAACUCUGCUGAUGUAACAUUAAAUAUGUUAAACGCUCCUCAAGAACAAGGCUCUGGAUCAGAUGACAUACCCAGUGAAAAUGUCCGACACAAUUUCAGCUGUGAUAUCGACAUAGAGUAACAAUGUAUAAAUGUGCAUACAUAUUUUACAUAAACGACAUUCGUACGGUUUAAUGGACGAAUUUUGGUCCUAACUUGAUACCUAUUUUUAUAAUGGUCUCUUUUUUUCCACCUCUACCAACUAGGUCAUUAAUUUUCUAUUUAUACCAAAAUUUGUAAUUUAUUUUUAUUUUUAUAUUCAUCCAACUUGUAUUAUAUACUGUUUAUAUAUCUAUGUAUUAUACUCUACUAGACAUUUGAACAUAUUUUAUUAAAUUUGAUUACUGAAAGUAACUUGUGCUGUUUUAUAGCGCACUUCAUUUGAAUACCUACGAAAACCAAAAGUGGAGACGUGUACAAAAUAUAUGUAUAUAUUAUUUGUAAAUAAUUUAUUAUAAUUUAACUGACUAUUAUUUAUUACCACAAUUUUUUUUUUAAUGUAAAAACCAAAUUUAAAAUUUUGAAAAGAAUUUGUGUAAAAAAUUAUGUAGACAUUUAUACAUUACAUGUAUAACUAUUAUAAUUCAUUUUGUAUUG